AUGGAAGUGAAUCUGCUUUCCAAGAGUGGAAUCCCCAACGAUGCCAUCCUGUCCAUCCGAGCUGGAAGCAUGCGGAGGCAGGCGCAGCUGGACUCUGGGCGUCUCCCGUUCAAGUUUCCCGUGGAGUUGAUGAAGGAGAACCCGCUUCGCGUCGACAUCCUUCAGCAGGUGGGCACUGGGCACUUGGUGACGAAGCCUGGAGAGUGUCAACGGUACAAAGUGACCUUUGGCGACUCUGAAGCGGAGGUGGAGCUGGAAGUAAAGAAGACCGAUGGCGAUGCGGUGGCCAAGUCUUCGGACGAGUCGAAGCGAAACCAGGAUCCCGCUGCCAGUGCUAAGGGAGCCAAAGAGUACCUGGACAACCACGAUGUCCUGCGUGUCGUGCAGGCGGUACUCCAGGCUGUGAUCAAGGAAAAGCCGGACGACCCUUACCGGUUCAUGGCGAAGCUCUUCAUGAAUGGCUACAUCGCCGGCGGUGCUGCAGAGAGUGCGGUGCAGGAGGCGCCAAAAGCCGUUCCAGCACCCGAGCCCGUCACCGAGGCAAAGCCGCAGGAGACACCGGCGGAAGCACCAAAGGCAGAACCAGUUGCAGAGGCCCCCCCCGCUCCAGCCCAAGAAGCAAAACCGGAGGAGCCGGCUGCUGAGGCUCCUAAAGCGGAGCCAGCCACAGAGGCGAAACCGGAGGGGAGUACCGAAACUGCCGUAGAGGCACCGAAGACUGAGGAGCCAGCUGCC